GAGGGCACCAAGGUAGUUCUGCCCAUAUUUUUGGGGAAAAUUAUUAGUUAUGUUGAAAACUAUGAUCCUGCCAAUUCUGGCGCUUUGCACGAAGCCUACGGCUACGCGGCAGGGCUGAGCGCCUGCGUGCUCGUGUGGGCUGUUCUGCACCAUGUGUACUUCUAUCACAUUCAGCGUGUGGGGAUGAGGCUGAGAGUAGCCGUGUGCCAUAUGAUCUACCGCAAGUCACUUCGCCUGAGUACUUUGGCCAUGGGGAAGACCACCACAGGCCAGAUAGUCAACCUGCUGUCCAAUGAUGUGAACAGGUUUGAUCAGGUUACAAUGUUCUUGCACUAUCUGUGGGUGGGGACACUGCAGGCUAUCACAGUGACCGCCCUGCUCUGGAUGGAAAUAGGAAUAUCUUGUCUUGCUGGGAUGGCAGUUCUCAUUUUUCUUCUGCUUUUGCAAAACUUCGUUGGAAAUUCAUUUUCAUCACUCAGGAGUAAGACCGCAGCUCUCACAGAUGACAGGAUCAGGACCAUGAGUGAAGUCAUAACUGGCAUCAGAACAAUAAAAAUGAAUGCUUGGGAAAAGUCAUUUAUAGACCUUAUUACCAGACUGAGAAGGAAGGAAAUUUCCAAGAUUCUGAAAAGUUCCUACCUUAGGGGCAUGAAUUUGGCAUCAUUUUUUGCUGUCAGCAAAAUUAUGAUUUUUGUCACCUUCAUCAUCAAUGAGCUUCUUGACAACCUGGUCACAGCCAGCCAGGUGUUUGUGGUGGUGACACUGAUUGAGUCUCUGCGCUUCUCGAGCACCCUCUACUUCCCCAUGGCUAUUGAGAAGGUGUCAGAGGCCAUCGUCAGCAUCCGAAGAAUCAAGAAUUUUUUAUUACUUGAUGAAGUACCACAGGUCAACACUCAGCUGCCAUCAGAUGGUGAAAUGAUGGUGAACAUGCAAGAUUUCACUGCUUUUUGGGAUGAGGAAUCAGGAACACCAGCCCUACAAGGCCUUUCCUUUACUGUCAGACCUGGUGAACUGUUAGCUGUGGUCGGACCUGUGGGAGCAGGAAAGUCAUCGCUGUUAAGCGCUCUGCUGGGGGAGCUGCCCCCGAGCCAGGGGAAGAUCAGCGUGCAUGGGAGGAUUGCGUAUGUGUCUCAGCAGCCCUGGGUAUUCUCAGGAACUGUGAGGAGUAACAUUUUAUUUGGGAAGAAAUAUGAAAAGGAACGAUAUGAAGAAGUAAUAAGGGCUUGUGCUUUGGAAAAGGAUUUACAACUUCUGGAGGAUAGAGAUCUAACUGUGACAGGAGAUGGGGGAACCCCAUCAAGUGAGGAACAGAAAGCCCGGAUCAGCCUCGUCAGAGCCAUGUAUCAGGAUGCAGACAUCUACCUCCUGGACGAUCCACUCAGCGCAGUGGACGUAGGAGUCAGCAGGCACUUGUUUGAACAGUGUAUUCAUCAGGCCUUGAAGGAAAAGAUCACAAUCUUAGUAACUCAUCAGUUGCAGUACCUAGAAGAUGCAAGUCAUAUUCUGAUACUGAAAGAUGUAAGUAAUUUCUAG